AAAAGGAAAGAACAAUAUGCAGUUGAACACGAGCAAAUAAAAUUAAAAAGAAAAGAACAAUAUGCAGUUGAACACGAGCAAAUAAAAUUAAAAAGAAAGAGCUCUAUGAAGAUAAACGUGAAAUAAUUAAAAUGAACAAAAAAAAGCAGAACAUUCUAAACUCUAAAAACAUAAAAUUAAAACAGAAAGAGUAUUACGAGAGUGAGCAUGACAAUGUAUUGUCAAAAAGGAAAGAAAAUUAUGCAAUAAAUAGUGAGAAAUUCAAAGAACGAUUCUGUAAAGCAUUUGAUCAUAAAAACAGUGAGGUUCAGGAAAGGCGGAUACUUAAUUUCAAGAAAAUGAUUAAAGGACCAUAUUAUAUUUGUGUUGUAUGCAAUAGGUGUUUGUACAAACGAUCUGUUUCGAAGUUUGAUGAAUCAAAGUAUAAUAUCACAGAUCUAAAAGGUUUCCAAUUUUUCCUAGUUUCAAGCUAUAAUGAUAACUGUUAUGUCUGAGAAACUUGCCAUAAAAAGAUAAAAGCUAAGAAUCCCCAAAUACCAUGUCAGGCUGUUUCAAAUAAGUUAGAGAUUUUUGAAUUUCCCUCUGGGUAUCCACUAUUAAGAAAACUUGAACGAGUUUUGAUUGCACAAAGCUUAUUGUUUAAAAAAGUUGCAAUAAUGCCAAAAGGACAAUCACCAAAACUAAAAGGGGCAAUAUGCAAUGAACCUGUAGAAAAUACAGAAAUAUAUGAGGUGCUCUUCUCAGAUCAGCUGACUGCAGCGGGUUAGUGUUAAUAAAAUUGAAAAGUAAACUAAUGCAUAAGACCAUGUGUACUUUAAACCUGUACGACCACAAAUUUUAAAGGAUGUUUUACAAUAUUUAAAAAUUAAUAAUCCUUUUUAUCAAAAUACUGUCAUUGAUAUGAAUACAUUACCGACAGAGUUAUUACGUUUUACUGAAAAUACACAACUGGAAGUAAUUGUUAAUAAAGGGUCAGAAGAUAUUAUAGAUUCUAAUGAGCAGGAAGAAGAAAACCCAUUAGAUUUAUUCAGAAUGGCUGCAAAUGAAACUGUGAUGACCUCAAAAAUUCCACAUGCAAUAGAUAAUGACACACUAGUUGUUGCUACUGGCGAGGGGAAAACACCUUUAUCCACCACAAGUGGACUGGUAAAUUUGGGUACAAUGUUGAACGCUGUUUAAAGCUAAGCCCAAUAUUUCGACCAUUCACCGAUAUUUAUGUGGUAAAAAGAAACCUUUCAUCAACGGUUAUCAAAAGAACUCAGUUUCCACUGAUGCUUUCUUGGGCUUGCACUGUCCUUAAAGUUCAAGGGAUAAGUUUACCCAAGGCUGUCAUUAGUUUUGAUUUAUUCAGACAAACUCAAUUCAAUCCAUGCCAAAUGUAUGUUGCUAUGAGUCGUGUCACAUCUUUAGCUGGAUUGUAUUUAACAGGUGAAUUUAGGCAAAAGGCAAUCAAGGCAGAUAAACAUGCAUCUGAUGAAUAUGAAAGGUUGAGGUUGAAAAGUAUAUUACCACCAUUAUUAUUUUGACCUUUAGAGAAAAGUUCUUUGGUGAUCACUUUGUUGAAUGUCAGAUCUUUAUCGAGACAUGCUAUUGACAUUCAGCAUGAUGAAGAAUUGAAGGAAUCGGACAUAUUAUGUCUAACUGAAACCCAGCUGUUACCUGACCAUGACAUGGCAGAAAUAACACGUCAACUUCCUAUGUUUGAUGUUGCUCCCAAUUCUGAUGCAGAUAAAUUUAAAAGCAUUGCAGUGUGUUAUAGAGAUCAUGAUGCUGUGAAGAUCAGGCUGGCCUGUAAAUAAAUAUAACAAAGAGAAGCAAAUUAUGAAAUGACCACGUGUAUCUAUUAGCAAGAAAUGAAAUUAGCAAUUAGCGAAGAAAAUGAAAUAAUUUAAAAGUAACUGCAAUAUAUAUGUAUGUAGAUAGCCACAAUGAUAAGAGCGGGAGGGGGGAGGGAGUUCUUUUUUUGUUUACAUGUGCAUGUUUUCAUUGGAAAUUUCUGACUCACAGCGUGUUGUUUAGCUACAGUAAUAAAAUAAAAUAAUAAGUUAAUAAAUUGUUUACAAAAGAACAAAAGAGAGUUUGGAUUUCUUAUGCAAAACAUGUACUUGUUCAAUACGUCAAUAUUUUGAAAUAUUUAUUAUUUUGUAUUAUAUCUGUAUCUUUUUUAUUUUUGUAUAUAUUUAUAUAAUAUAUAGAAGGAAUAUUUUUUCAUUAAUAUGAUUUUACAAUUUUUUUGAAAUAAAUUAUUGGAUAUACAAAUAUAUCUUGCAUUUUAUGAGCUUCCAUUUAUUGUGUAGUACUAAAACUUUUAACUCUAAGAGACAGUAUUAUUGCGAUAUUUUCUUUUCCUUCUAAAUUAAUUUAAUGCACUUUUGUUUGUUAUUUUAUUUAUUUUAAGUUUAUUUUAAGAGCAGUCGUUAUAAAUUAUGGAUUGAAAGUAGAGUUGAGCUGCAGGUUAUACCAUGUGACAAAAUGAAGAAUCAACUGAGAAAUUAAUUUUGUUAUAUGGUAAUUCCUUCAAACCCUAUGCUGCUGUGUGGCGCAAGUGUAAUGUUAUUGAUAAUGAAUGAACUGUGUACAUAAACUAUUGGAUACAUAAACUAUUAGUUCCGGAUAUAUAAUUUUCUCCCCUCAACAACAAAUAUUCCCUGUGAAAUCGAGGCGUUAUAUCAAAGGAAACCUUGACCAGCUAUUGCGGGGAAUAUUUGUUGUUUUAACUCUGCUGCAUUUUUAUAUGAGAAUAACUUUUACUUCAUCUUCAUUUAACGUGCACACAUAUUUUCAAAACUACCCAGUCUAUCUUGAAGUUUAAUUAUGUACUUUCGCAUUAAAUUUGCGCACCUUUUUAUGUAAUUGAUGCGGCAAGGUUUUCGACUAAGACUGAUGUGUAAUGAUUUCUGAGUCGUAAUAUCAACUUUUAGAUGUUUUUGUUAUUCUUCCACGUACAAUGUCUAUGCAUUUUCUGAAUUUAUAGAAUAUUUUAUGGUUAUUUCUUUACGGUUUUUUGUAUUUUGUGAUACAGUGAAAUGUUGAAAAAUUUGUAGAUGUGGUGAAAAAACUUUCUGUUGAAAACAGCGAGGAACUGCAUGCUUAACUGGAUAUGGUGAUUAAUAUGAUGGCUAAAAGGAAUGUGCAUACCACAAGAUGUGAUAAACAAUAAAAUGAUUUCAUGUUUACGGUUUUAUUUCCAUAAUACAAUAUCAAAUUAGUACCAUUCACUGAACAAAUUCUUCGUAUUUUAGUGCACAUGUGCAAUUUUGGGGAGAUCACAUUUGGGAAGAAGUACGCUUACUUUACGGUAACAAAAAGCACCAUGACAUAAUUAUUUAUUCAUCUUGUAAAGUUUAACACGAUGCUAAACAAGCAGAAUUCUUCCAUAUUGUAUUCCGUUCAUCAUUCGGAGAAGUAAAGCAUGGAGCAUAUAUCCCUGCUCGCUUUACGUACCUUUAGUAUUCUACAACUGUUGAAUCCGCAUAUAACUUCUACCGGUAUAAUUUGAAUAUCAUUGUGUUAUAAACACACUUCCAGUGCUUUCUUGUUACUUAAGACCGAUAACACAGCGGUAUACUGUGGAGCCUAUUAAAAUGUAUUACAAAUCAUUGUUUCACGGCCAUCAGCCAGCGAUUAAUCUACAUUAGUUUGCUGCCGCCUAACUGGACAGUAUUGACUCCCAACUUGCAACCUAUUUCACCAACCUCGAAGAACAAAACGCACAUUCUCAAGAACAUUGAUUGUACGCCAUGUUGAUACAUACAACUGCAUAAACUAAACCGGCACGAAAGACAUUUUUACGAAAACUCUAUUUUCUGAUCGUUAAUAAAUCAACUGUAGUCAAUAAUUGCUUUUUUAUCGUUUGUGCAUUGUUACAUGGUUAGAUAUUACAACCACCUGCUUAUAAGUGUGUUGACCCGUUCCUUUUGCUCACGAGAACCUUCGCGCGUAUUAUUUUUCGCGCAAGUUUUGGAUAGUCUUUUUUAUUAUUGUUCUUUUACCGCUUUGGGCUACUUAAACUAAUGACUCUCGCUUUGCCCUAAAAGUAACGCGUUGGUUUGUUCUAUCCUAUAUCUCACGCACUACAUAAAACUUUUUGCAAGUUCUAUAUAAUACCAUGGGAUAAUACUUAUUCAUUUGAAGUGACAGUACAACAUUGUAAAAGUUUUGUUCUGAAAUCUUUUAGCCUACAAGGGCUUUUCAUUAUUGAACAAUUUUGCAUGGUUAAUUUUCAAAAUUUUCAUUUAAGCAAGAAAACAAAAUACAUAAGAAAAAAAUACAUGAUGGUUUUUAAGAACAUUCAGACUGAGAUUUUGUCAAAAACCUAAAAAAAAGAGAGCCAUUUAAAAAAAAGACUUUACUUUUUCUAUAUAUAAAGAUUUAUGAUAUGCUCUGUGUUCUGUCAAUUCAUAUUACUUACAAACAAAUUUCUACAUACACAUAGUUUGUCUAACAGAUUCAUCAUAAAUCUAAUUGGGUUUAAAAAUUAAAUUAAAUUUUAGAUUUUUGUGGACUUUUUCUGGCUGCCUUCUUUUUUAUGAGGACAAGCUUUUUGAGGUGAGAAGUACACGAAUUGGCGUCUCAACAAUGUCGGAAUGACGUCAUGCCGUCUAUUAGCCAUAACUCGUCAUCACUUUGAGAUAUUAAGAUGGUCUCCCCCUCUACUACGAAAAAGAAUUAAAUUUCUCAAUCUUUUUGUUAAAUUUACUAACCUUGAAGUAGGAGGUGGCCAGAAAUCGCGUUUAAAGUCGGAAGCUUAUCGUCGAAAAUAUAUUAGAAAUUUCAGGUUCUUUAAAAAAAAAGUGUGCAGUUAAAAAUCCAACCUCGUCCCCAGGGUCUUGUGACCCCUAGGCAAAAUGCCUUGGAAAGGAGGUGUUAAAAAUCCUCUUUUAUAGAAAUUGUGCGAAACACAUUUUAUCUUCUUAUCGUUUUUAUGAAAGUCAUCGAGGAAAAUUUCAGGAAAGAUUUUGAGCAAUCUAGACGAUGAGCUUUAACUUUAAGUUUUAACUUUCAGGUCCAGGUUAAAGUAAAUCUCCCCUAUUUGUCUUUUCUGCCGGGGUAAAUUUCCCUUUCUAUAAGACAAUCAGAGUGUAUUAAAAUAAAGUACAGUCGAACUUAAUGGAAGUGAAAGUAAUAUAGAAAGGAUAUGAUUAGUCAGCUGCAGAUGAAAUUCAAUUAACACCAACCACGUCCCAGGCUUUUUUACGGUGUCAUUGUAACAUUGAUAAAACUAAGUAAGAAGGCUUGUGCCCGAGUUUGUCUUUAAUGAAACAAACUGUAGUAUUUUUGUCAUCUAAAAACCUUUAAGUGUUUUAGAGGGGCAGUAAAGAUGGCAGUCGGAUUGUGAUGUGAUAGCAAGAUGAGAAGAAACAGUGAUUAUCAACGAUUGUUGAUUGAGGAUGAUGAAGCGGAGAAAAGAUCACCAAUUACGGCUUUGUUAAAACCAUUCUUGAAAAAAGACACAUCGCCUAACAACGAUUACGAUUUAGAAUUAGAUCAAUACCUUCCUCUCCCGAACGAAGAGGCAUCGGAUAACGAUUUCUUUGUGGAAUAUGUUUACUUUCCUAAGGAGAUUGGAAAAAGACAGGUGCGGUGCAAGGGUGAACUAAAUCAACAACGACUAGAUCUAACUGCUGCUAAGAUAAAACUGAAUCUCAUGUUUGCAAAUCCAGUGACCAUUAAAGAAAUCUUGCGUAUUGAAUUACAAGUACACCGAGCAAAUUCUGUUCCCAAUCAUAUUAACCUUUUCACUGGAUAUGCAACUCUCGACAAAGAUCGGACAAGAUUUUUUCAACAGGAAGCCGGUACGAACGAGAUUGUUGUGAUUUCUGAUCUUGACAGUGUUUAUACAGUGGAGGGGAAGAAAGUUUACGAACUUUCAAAAACCACCGCCAAAUAUAACGAAUUUGAAGUGCUCAUCCAUGUUUAUUUUCACAAUGGAGCCAAAUCAUCGUUUGGAACCCAAAAAUUCAUUGUUGUCGGCAAUAAAGCGGAGCAAACUGGCAUUAAGCGUCACGCUUCGUCACCACAAGACGAUGUAAAUGACAGAACGCUACCACGAAGCAACAAGUAUUUUAGGGACCCAAGCUUAACAGAAAACUUCCCACAUGUACAAAAGCUAGUGACGGAUAUGAUUGAGGCAAAACAAGGAAAAUUCGAUAGAAUAUACGCCAAUACGAUCAUAAAGUCCGGCAAUGGAGACAUCGCCUACCAUUUUAAGUUGAAAGAUCAAUUUAGCAAUGAAGACUUCGGCGAAGGGGAAGUGAUCGGUUUUACUGUCGACCGUCUUGGUCACGUUGUUAUACAAAAGUUAACUUUACACAAUGCAAAAGAUGUCUUUCUGAUGGGCGUGGUGACGAACUCGCAGUAUUUAGAAUGCAACUUUAAGCAAGAAGGUAGAACUGCAACGAUAUGCAUGCUGGGAUUAGUGAAAGUGAAAGUUGUUGGUUCAGUCUACCAGGGGGAAGGACUCUAUGCUUCCCCUGAUCUCCCAGGGGCAACCGUGUCUCAACAUCACAUAGAAAAGAGGCAACAAGAAGAGCACCAACACGCACUGAUUGGGCAUGCAUUUCAGAAAAUAGAGUGCGAGGAUAAUAAAGAGCACUCCGUACAAGCACUGGUAUCAAUAGUUGAUUGUGCUAGUCAUAAUUUGAUGCAAAGUAAACUGAGCGGAUUGGAAUCCAGGCUAAAGGUUGAUAUGUCAAACAAAUUUGAAAGAAACAAAAGAAAUAGCAGGACACGCUGCUGUUGCAUCACGGGACUAGGGAUUUUCAUAACUUUACUAGCGAUCUUACUAUAUCAAAUCACCGUACCAGGCAGCGCAUACAAAUUAUGGCUUUGCAGAAAAGGCUCCACUGGCACAUCAAAAUACUGGUAUUGGCUUCAGGGCAAUGAAUUUAAAGGCGUAGAAUUCGGCGGAUGUGAGGAAGUAUGGAAAAGAGCGAUUGGUCGUUUUCAUAACGCGCCAAAGCAGCAACAUUUUCAUCAACAACAUCAAUGUUUGAACGGUACGUUUCAUUAUUAUAUAAAUCUCGAUUCGUGUGCUGGUAAGAUCAAUCCAGGCGCUCGCUAUGUUUUUGCAAUUGACCGCGAUUGUUCGCGAGUUUGGCAAUUUGACGAGAAACUCGGAAGCUGGAAGAGAGAUGAGAAAGUUUGUAGUACUCCAAAAUGUAACGUUAAAUGUUCGUUCACAAGUACCACAGCACCGUCAACAGAGACAUGCGAUAUUGACGAAUCCUGUAAAAGGGAUACCCUAAACAAUACGUCCAAGUCCAAGGUAAAACAAGGCGAAAAUAGUUUAAAUAAGAUGUAAAUCAUUUUAAAGAUGGAAAAUUAACAUGAGCCUUAAUAUAUGAAAAACAGAGGUACUCGACAAUUAUAAGACAAGAGGGAGAGUGAAAAAAGGGGCGAUCGCCCUUCCCGCCCCUCCUGCCCAUCUCCCUCAAUAGGAAAUAUCAAUAUCCUAAACAUUGAUGCUUCAUACGCAAUAUAUCGUUAUAUUUUCCUUUGUUUUGAUAUGGUAGUCCUAAAAUUUGAUGUGUGUAGUUUAGUCGUUCUAGAAAACUGAAAUUUCAAAACUUUCGGCCCGUAGCCAACCAUAGUGGGGCGGUUACUUAAGUACAUAAAAAGGUUUUAUGAUCUCCACCUUAACAGGAAAACUUGUGGAUACGCCUCUGUAAUAGGAAACCUUUAGUCGACUGUUGUUUUUUGUUAGGACAGCGUUUUUACUAGUGUUUUAAUGCAUUAAUAGGAAUUCAUGUAUUUCUUUGUAAUUGUAUUUUUAAUUUUAUUAUUAUUAUUAUUAUUAUUUUUUUUGUUAUAUUUAUUUUUUAUUUCCUGUUGCAUUUCUAUAAAAUGCACGUAGUCAUUCUUUUUCUUUAAAAAUGUAAAAAAAGUUUA